ACAAAUAUUGACAUUUUGUAUAUUUUAAUAUUAUCUUUUCUCUUAUCUCUUUUGGUGGGGCUCAAGGAGAGGGCGACGCCCCAUUGCCCCCUACUGGCCAGCCGCCACUGGUAAACACCUAAAACAUGUUUCACCCACCCAUCUGCUCUUGACUGACAAACCAAAAACACAGAAGCAGAAACGAAACUUAGUAAUUCCCGCCUUCUUCUCCACUCGGCCGCGGCUCAUUCUCGCAUCGCCCUGCAAACGAAAAAAAGUUGUCAAAUUUGACAAAUCUGUGGAGAGCUUCUCGAGGAAUCCCACCAAGACUUCUUCACAGGAGCCGCGGGGACAUGGAGAGGCGUGAUGCCAAGAGCAGACACUCGGGGACGAGGUUCAUGCAGGCCCCGAACUACGUAGAGACCAGUGUGUGCGCGAGGCACAGCGCGCCUCUGGACGUUUACUGCUGCACGGACCAGCGGGUCAUAUGUGCGCAGUGCGCCUCGGCCGAGCACUCAGGACACAGGAUUGGGUAUGUGAGAGAAGAACGGAGGCGGAAACAGCAGGAGCUGAGGAAUCUACAAACAGAAUCCAAGCAGAUUCUCCGGACACAAGAACAAAAAUAUGAGAACAUGGGCGAGACUCUCAAACGGAUUCAGGAGGCGGCGGAAGAGACACGGGACUAUUGUGAAAGCGUCUUGGUCGGCCUCAUUGACUCCCUGCAGAGACACUACAAGUCAGUGAGGGAGCUGAUCGGAGGACACGAGGAAGAGGCAGCGGCGCGGGUGGAGGACUCCCUGCAGACGCUGCAGGUGAAGAUGGAGGACAUGAGGGAGAGAGAUGCUGAGCUGGAUCGUCUGGCACGGACCGACAGCGAUCUUCACUUCUUGCAGGAAUGGCCCUCAAUGCGGCGCCUCUGUAGGGAAGACCAUCGCCAUCCCCUUUACGAGGACUCAGAAGAUCCUCUUCACCCCUUCGACGUGACGAUGAGAGCCAUCGAUCAGCUCGGGGAGCAACUGGAGGGAAUUUUUGAUAUAAAGUUUGCCUUAAUCUCUCAAACUGGCGGUGGAGAGCAGCGGGAAUCAGAACACGAGUCAGAAGAGGAAGAAAUGCAGCAAAGAUUGCCGUCUGGAGUCCACAACAUGGAGCCUCAGACCAGAGCAGAGUUCCUGCAGUAUGCCUGCGGCCUCCGACUGGACCCCACCACAGCUCACGAGGACCUGGUCGUCUCUGCAGGAGACAGAGAAGUGAGGCUGAACCCCCUCAAGUGUAAGACCCCCUCUGUUCGUUACCCGCUGAGGUUCCUGCACCGACGGCAGGUGCUGUGCAGGGAGGGGCUGCAGGGCGAGCGCUGCUACUACGAGAUAGAGGUGGAAGGAGACAAGGCUGAGAUCGCCCUGGCGUACAAAGGAAUGGACAGAAAAUCUCGCACCCAACUGUCAGCUUUUGGGGGCAACGCGCAAUCCUGGAGCCUCGAUCGCUCCGCGAACCACUACUCCGUGAGCCACAAGUCCGACAGCGUCCAGCUCACAACGCGGCCUAGUCGAAGCAAGCUCGGCGUGUAUCUAAACUUUAAAGAGGGAACUCUGUCAUUCUACGAGGUGUCAGACAGGAUGGUCUUCCUUUACAAGGUUGAAGCUGAAUUCACAGAGCCGAUGUAUCCGGGCUUCUGGCUCGGAGAGAAAUGUUGCAUCAGGAUCUGUGAUUUGAGACCAGAUGGACUGUGAUCUAUACCGGUGAGCUUCGUAGUAAGGGCAGUUUUGAUAUUUAGAUAUUAUUUGUCUGUGUGUUCUUUUUUUUAUUUCAACGUCAAUGCCUAAUAAGGAUAUUUAAAACUAUUACACACAGAAGCUACAUGUGUUUUUAAUACGGAAUCAUGGGUAUCUAAUUAUCUGUAUUUAUUUCAUUAUGUUUGAUUUUCAUUAGCAACCAUGGGAAAUGUACGUGGUAGAUGAACAGUAUCCGUUGAAAUUUGAAAAAAAUCCGACAGCAGCUUGUCCACUCUUUUUUAUUAAUAUUUUUAGUUCAAUUUUCUUUUUGUACAAUAAUCGUCAGUAUGAUACAAUCAUAAUAUGACUGAUGAAAGAGAGAAUGGAGACAUUUAUAAACGUGUCUCCUGUACAGACGGUGCUUGAAGCAUGUGCUCAGUAAGGCUCUGCACCCAUAGGAAAGAAAAAGGAAUCUACACAUAUAUAUAGUUCACACUCACACAUACAUGCGCACACAUUUAUUAUAUUUAUACACACACGCACACGCACACUGCAGCACUUUUAAGGAAAAGUUGUGGCAUCCCUUUGGCUGUAGGGGGCAGCUCCUAAUCAUUGCUAUAAUCUGACACUAGUGUGUCAAUCUUAAAUUGUUUAAUAACUUGAUAUUGCUUUUACACAACGAGGACAUCAAAACAAACCCAAACUUAUUUUGCAGUCCGAGUGAAAAAAAGUGCAUUAAUCACAUUCAUUUUUACUUUAUAUUGCAUUCACUGCUAAAACAGUUACCUUUUUAAGACAGUGGUAUACCUAAUCUGUCUUGAUUACACAAUAUUAUUUACAUACGUGAACAACAGGGAGAUUUCUACAUGACACACUCCCAACAGGAAGCGCCUGCUCACAAUGACUUAAACAAGACAAGAUAAAACAACACAUAACGUUUGGAGCCACACUAGACGGUGAUGUUCUUUAUACAAGUAACACAAAACUUUUGAUUGGAUUAAAAAAAAUGAAGGAAUAAAUCCAUCUCUGGAGGGGAAAAAGAUUGGAGAGUUUUGAAUUUUGGAUGCCGUGUGAUUACACACAAUCGAGUUAAAACAUGAGCGUGGUGGGUGAUCAUGUGGGCCUGAAUGUAUCACUCCAUCUCCAGUCGCAAAAGGAAUAAGAACAAACAAGCUGACGCGUAACACAAUUGUUGUUCCGUCCAAAUAAACUUUCCCGAAUGUGCUCCAUCUGAUCUUUCAGUCUGAAAGCGCUGAUUCAUCAGCUUCAGCUGAAGUUACACUCAGCUGUCAUAUCAUUAAGACCAUAAUAACAAGCAAGUGGGCUUGAAAUGAACAUGUAUGUUAUUCUUCAAGUAAGGUAUUCAAUGUCCGGGAUAUUGGGAAUAGUGACAAAAA